CGCCCUUUCUCUUAUUUGUGGGUCUAUUAUUUAUUAUUGGUUGUCACUUUUUUGUUCUGCUAGGCGUUAUUGGAGUUAUUCGUUCAACUCAAAAAUAAAUCAAGUUUUUGAAAUGUGAUAUUUGUAUAUUUAUUAAAAAUUCACAAAAUGGAAAUGGACGAUGAGACAAAUGAUUCAAUGGAAGGAAAACCAAUAAUUGUUCGCAAUUCUACAGAUUUACAACGUUUAAAAUUGGAAAAACUAAUGAAUAAUCCAGACAAACCAGUUAUAAUUCCCGAAAAGCCGAAAGAAAAAGGAAUACCUGUUGUUCCAGACUUUGUUAGAAAUGUAAUGGGAUCCAGUGCAGGAGCUGGUUCAGGAGAAUUUCAUGUUUAUCGACAUUUGCGACGUAAAGAGUAUGCUAGACAGAAGUAUAUGAAGGAGAAAGCUGAAAAAGAGAAAUUGGAAGAUGAAUAUCAUCAGAAGUUAGAAGAAAAUAAAAGAAAAGCUGAAGAAAGAACUGCAAAAAAAAGACAGAAACGAUUAAGAAAAAAACAGAAACAAAAGGUAAAAGCUAGGAAACAGAAGCAUAAUAAAUCAUCCUCGGAAAAUAGUGAGAAUGAAAUUAAUGAAAGUCAGGAUGAAGAAUCUGCCAACAGUACAAAAGAUAGUUCUGAAGAAAAUCAAAAAGAAAAUAAAAUUUCAUAAAAUAAGUAUAUGCUCUUUGUAUAAAAAUUAAGGAAUCACCUAGGUAAAUGCGUGCAUGAUGUGUAGAAUGUGAAAUUAGAAUUGUCAGCAAUGUUAUUUUGACCCAAGUAUUUCGGGUUUUGAGUUCUUUCUUCAGAUUUCAAAUAAAAUUUCCUAUUCAUUAAAAUUAUACCCACAGAUAAA